AUAUCUGAUCUUAAAACCAAUUACCCAGUUCGAAAUAUCAUAACUUUUGAGAAAAAAAUUGAUAUCAAAUUUCGUGUAAAGGACAGACCUUUUAAGUUCAAACCUGUGUCUUGUUAUUAUUCAGGUAAGACCCAAGAGCUCAACGUGUACGAACUCAACGAAGGAGAUCGAAACAGUCCAGCAGUUCUAAAACUCGGCAAGAAACCAGAGCUCUGUCUCGGCGAUCUCGUACCUUUCACCAACAAACUCUACCCCGAUGAUCUCAAAAAGCGCGUGGGAAUCACCGCCGGUCUCUACGUCUUGAUCCAACACGUUCCGGAGAAGAACGGCGACAGGCUCGAAGCCAAUUACAGCUUUUACUUCGGACACUGCGGCCAGUUGUCCGUAGAAGGACAGUACUUGACUUACGAAGAUACGUUCCUCGCCGUCACCGGUGGUACCGGCAUCUUCGAAGGUGCGUACGGACAGGUUAAGCUACGCCAGCUUGUGUAUCCGACGAAACUGUUCUACACUUUUUACCUCAAGGGUCUUGCUAGCGAUUUUCCGGUGGCGUUCACCGAAACUCCGGUUCCUCGGAAGGACGUGAAGCCUGCACCGGAAGCUAAGGCGACGGAGCCAGGCGCAACCAUCAAUAACUUUACGAAGUAGACUUUGUGUUUUUUCCCCGUGUUAGUUGUUUUAAAAACUAUUAUUUUUUGGUAAAAUUUUUAAAUACUAUUAUUGUUUUGUUUAUAAUCGGAUCUUUGGAUGAGUUGUGUAAUGUGUUGGUGGAAUAUUUCGAUGCGACUUCUGUUGUUUUUAAGUCUUCUAGAACUUGGAACGUUAACAAGGAAACAUUUUCUAAACCUUUUAUAUUCUACUUUUUUUCAUCCAACUGAACGUGAUUAACUAGAAAACAUAUGAAGCAAACCUGGAAACACAAACUUGGUGGACAAGCAUUUGAUGGAAGAAGCAAAUGAUUACGUUAUAUACAUGACAAUAAUCCAUUUUAUAAAAUCAAAGAACAAACUCUGAAUAUACAAAAAAAAAAGAUGUCUGAUGUGAUGUAUUUAUCAUGGAACAACAACAACUUCAAAUUGAAAUAGUCUUCAAAUUCUUUAGGCACCUUCCAUUCUAUCUUUCUCUUUUGUACUUGGCUUAGCCAAUGUUGGUGCUGACUACAUUGCUAAGUCUAGGCUAGCUAAGUCUGCUCUCUUGUUCCUCUGUUCUACAGAGUGAUUGUAUAGACCCUUUUAAUUAAGUAGUGAAUUUGAUGUAGCCCAAAAAAAAAGAAUAAUGAGGAAAUGUGGAAGGAAAACUGAUGUGUUUUCAAAUAAAUAAAGCCCAAAUUAAGGCCUAUAUAAAUUGGGUUAUGGGCUUCGUAAUAAACAAUUAAACAUUAUGGUGUUAUUUUGUUUAGUUGCGGUCGCUUAGGGUCUUGACGGUCAAUUUGGCUUUUUGAGACUCCGAAGGGACAACUAUAAUCCAAUGCUUAUAAUACACAUCUCUGGACUAUAUAUAUUUAUUUUUGUAAAAAUUCUCUGGACUAUAUUUGCCAACUAAUUUAUUAAUUAAGCACAUAUUUCAAUCUAAUCAAAAUAGAUAAGCUCAUCAAACACAAAUCUCCAUUUCCAGAGACGACCAUUUUUUCGACACAGCUAGUUGAGCCCUUGAUUUUAGUAUCACAUUUAACUUCAUAUAAAUUUGAAAAUAAGAUGGAUAUAACAACAGCCCAGCAUAUAUAUUUCUGUUUAU